GCAGCGGCAGCUACAGGAUGGCAGCGGAGGCUGCGGCGACCCCCGCCCCGGGAGGCUCCGGCCCCGGCAUGGACGCCCGGCUGGACAGGGAGACGGCGCAGUGGCUGCGCUGGGACCAGAAUCCUUUAACUUUGGAGACAGUAAAACAACUAAUUGCAGAAGGUAAUAAAGAAGAACUACAGAAAUGUUUUGGGGCUCGGAUGGAAUUUGGGACAGCAGGCCUCCGAGCUCCUAUGGGAGCUGGCAUUUCUUGUAUGAAUGACUUGACCAUCAUCCAGACUACACAGGGAUUUUGCAGAUACCUGGAAAAACAGUUUGGUGACCUGAAGCAGAGGGGUGUGGUGAUCAGCUUUGAUGCCCGAGCUCACCCCCCCAGUGGAGGCAGCAGCAAAAGGUUUGCUCGACUUGCUGCAACCACCUUCAUCAGCCAGGGGAUUCCUGUGCACCUAUUUUCUGAUAUAACCCCCACUCCCUUUGUGCCCUAUACUGUGUCACAUUUGAAACUUUGUGCUGGGAUCAUGAUCACUGCCUCCCACAAUCCAAAGGAAGACAAUGGUUACAAGGUCUACUGGGACAAUGGAGCCCAGAUCAUCUCUCCACACGAUAAAGGGAUUUCUCAAGCUAUUGAAGAAAAUUUAGAGCCCUGGCCUCAGGCUUGGGAUGAUUCUGUUCUUGAUGGCAGCCCCCUGCUUCACAACCCCAGCACGUCCAUCAAUAACGACUACUUCGAAGACCUUAAAAAAUACUGUUUUCACAGGAAGGUGAACAAGGAAGCCAAAGUGAAGUUUGUGCACACGUCAGUCCACGGAGUGGGACAUGACUUCGUGCAGUCAGCAUUUAAGGCUUUUGACCUGGCUCCACCAGAAGCUGUUCCCCAGCAGAGAAAGCCGGAUCCCCAGUUCCCAACCGUCAAGUACCCCAACCCCGAAGAGGGUAAAGGUGUCUUGACCUUGUCUUUUGCUUUGGCUGACAAAAUCAAAGCCAACAUUGUUUUAGCAAACGACCCGGAUGCAGAUCGACUUGCUGUGGCAGAAAAGCAAGACAGUGGUGAAUGGAGAGUGUUUUCAGGCAAUGAGCUGGGGGCCCUCUUGGGCUGGUGGCUCUUUACAUGUUGGAAAGAAAAGAACCCAGAUCGCAGUGCCCUCAAAGACACUUACAUGUUAUCCAGCACUGUGUCUUCCAAAAUCUUGCGGGCCAUUGCCUUAAAGGAGGGCUUCCACUUUGAGGAAACAUUAACUGGCUUUAAGUGGAUGGGGAACAGAGCCAAACAGCUAAUAGACCAGGGAAAGACUGUCUUAUUUGCAUUUGAAGAAGCUAUUGGGUACAUGUGCUGCCCUUUCGUUCUGGACAAAGAUGGAGUCAGUGCUGCUGUCAUAAGUGCAGAGUUGGCGAGCUUCCUAGCAACCAAGAAUUUGUCUCUGUCUCAGCAGCUGAAGGCCAUCUAUGUGGAGUAUGGCUACCAUAUUACCAAAGCUUCAUAUUUUAUCUGCCACGAUCAAGGCACCAUUCAAAAAUUAUUUGGUAACUUAAGAAACUAUGAUGGGAAGAAUAAUUAUCCAAAAACUUGUGGCAAAUUUGAAAUCUCUGCCAUUAGGGACCUUACAACUGGAUAUGAUGACAGCCAAUCUGAUAAAAAAGCAGUUCUUCCUACUAGUAAGAGCAGCCAGAUGAUCACAUUCACCUUUGUUAAUGGAUGUGUGGCCACAAUGAGGACCAGUGGGACAGAGCCCAAGAUCAAGUAUUACGCGGAGCUGUGUGCCCCACCAGGUAACAGUGAUCCUGAGCAACUGAAGAAGGAACUGAAUGACCUUGUUGAUGCUAUUGAAGAAAACUUUUUCCAGCCACAGAAGUAUCAUCUGCAGCCAAAGGCAGAGUGAAGGACUCUGGUCUGAAUGGAUUUACUUUUACCUCCAGUUAAGCAGAACUUGACUUUUUUAAGCAAUAUGUCUAAGGGCCAAGCAAUUCAAAUUAUCACUCUUAAAUAUUUACAUAGCUUAUGGAGAUACGUUUUCCUCCUUGUUUUAUGUUUAUUCUUUAAGAACUUGAGGAAAAGUAAGCAAACAUCUUUAUUAAAAUGCUGCCAUGAGCCGGCAUCCUAUGGUAUAAUUCUAGUGAUUCAGAAGACUGAGAUACAAGAAGGAUCCAUUUGAAGUCAGCCUGACAGGAAAGUCUGUAAGACUCCUAU